UGUACUGCAAGACUACGAGGCGUCUUCAACCGGGCGGGGAAGAGGUGUGCGAGGAUUUUAUGGGAAGGGGCGGGCGCAUUUGUUCUCUCUCUCUCACACACACAGCCAAACGAGGGGAAAUCGGUUGUCGGCACCGGAAGGUCUCUUCAUCGAGUCGGUCACAGACAAACAGACAUUCCUCCGCGAGCUCAGCUGCUCCUAUUGUGGCCGUUGCGACCGUUAAAAGUUUCGCCUUCGACAGGAGAAGGAGAAAACAAAAAGGAGACGCGUCGCGAGAUUUGAUGGUGGGCGAGUGAGCUCCCGCGACAGCGAAGAGCAUCUUUUAACCCGAGGGAUGGAGAACGGGACUAUUUCGCCGCCCCGCCAUUUAAAUCUCCAGCGGAAGGAUAUUUUUCCGGGCCUUCCGCAAGAUAAGGGUUUUAACUGAGACGCGUCACUUCCGGAGAGUCUGAAGAAGGGGAGGAAAGGGAAGGGAGAGAAAAUAAAAACAACAAACCUCCGAAGGGGGGACAACGAAAGCAAACGAGGGGGCCCGCAGCGGCUGAGGCGACGGGAGUUCGGCGGUCAUUCCUGAGGGGGAGCCUCGCGACGGUCCUGCUCCUCUGUGGCCCCCGGGAUGCUCCUCUGCCCCCCGGCCCGUCGUUGAGCCGCUCUCCCUUUUCCUCCUCUCUCCGCCUCCAGCCCAGCCCCCUCCCUCCGUCCCCGGUCCCGAGGGCGCCGCCAUGUCGGGGGACGACGACGGCCCUGGCGGGUCCCACUACGUGGCCGAGUUCGUGCCUCCGCCCGAGUGCCCGGUCUUCGAACCCAGCUGGGAGGAGUUCGGCGACCCCCUCGGCUUCAUCGGCCGCAUCCGACCCUUGGCUGAGAAAACCGGCAUCUGCAAGAUCAGGCCCCCCAAGGACUGGCAGCCACCUUUUGCAUGUGAUGUACAGAGUUUUCGUUUUACCCCACGUGUUCAGCGCCUGAAUGAACUGGAGGCAAUGACAAGAGUGAAGCUGGACUUCUUAGAUCAAUUGGCAAAAUUCUGGGAGCUUCAAGGAUCUACGUUAAAAAUCCCCGUGGUAGAGAGAAAAAUCUUGGAUCUCUAUUCUUUGAGCAAGAUUGUUGCCAGCAAAGGAGGCUUUGAGGUGGUCUCUAAAGAUAAGAAAUGGUCCAAAGUGGCUAAUCGGCUUGGUUACUUACCGGGCAAGGCGACGGGAUCUCUUCUAAAAUCACACUAUGAACGGAUUCUGUAUCCAUAUGAACUUUUCCAGUCUGGUGUCAGCCUUAUGGGCAUCCAAAAGCCAAACUUGGACCUUAAGGAAAAAGUGGAGGUUGAGGACCUCGGCAUUGAUGCCCAGUCUCUCCCAAAGCAGGGUACAAGAAUGAACGUUGUGCUGAAGAGAACCAGACGUGUCAAGUCCCAGGCAGAAGCAGGAGAGAUGAGUAGGAAUGCUGAACUAAAGAAGCUCCAGAUCUUUGGAGCAGGACCAAAGAUGAUGGGAUUGGCAUUGGGAGCAAAGGAAAAAGAAGGCAAUGAGUACAAUAUUCUCUUUCCAGAUGAAGUCCCCCGAAGACGCAAAGGUGCCAGAUCUGAGGCAUUUGGCAUGCAGAUGAGACAGCGGAAAGGAGCACUUUCUGUCAACUUUGUCGACCUGUAUGUCUGCUUGUUUUGUGGUCGAGGAAACAAUGAGGACAAGCUGUUGCUAUGUGAUGGGUGUGAUGACAGCUACCAUACAUUUUGCCUGAUACCCCCUUUGCCUGAUGUGCCAAAAGGUGACUGGAGAUGUCCAAAAUGUGUUGCAGAGGAAUGUAGCAAACCGCGUGAGGCCUUUGGAUUUGAGCAGGCUGUUCGAGAGUACACCCUCCAGAGCUUUGGUGAGAUGGCAGAUAAUUUCAAAUCUGAUUACUUCAACAUGCCAGUCCAUAUGGUUCCCACUGAACUGGUGGAAAAGGAGUUCUGGCGACUUGUGAGUAGCAUCGAGGAAGAUGUUAUUGUGGAGUAUGGAGCAGACAUCUCGUCCAAGGACUUUGGAAGCGGUUUCCCUAUAAAGGAUGGCAGAAGAAAGCUAAUGCCAGAAGAGGAGGAUUAUGCCCUUUCUGGCUGGAACCUCAAUAAUAUGCCUGUACUGGAGCAGUCUGUCCUUGCUCAUAUCAACGCUGAUAUUUCUGGCAUGAAGGUGCCCUGGCUUUAUGUAGGGAUGUGCUUCUCCUCUUUCUGUUGGCACAUUGAAGAUCACUGGAGCUAUUCCAUCAACUACCUUCAUUGGGGAGAACCCAAGACAUGGUAUGGAGUACCUUCUCAUGCAGCAGAACAGCUGGAAGAAGUGAUGAGAGAGUUGGCCCCUGAGCUGUUUGAGACGCAGCCUGAUCUUCUGCACCAGUUAGUCACCAUUAUGAACCCAAAUGUGCUUAUGGAACAUGGUGUACCUGUAUAUCGGACCAAUCAAUGUGCUGGCGAGUUUGUUGUAACUUUUCCUCGUGCCUAUCACUCUGGAUUUAACCAAGGCUACAACUUCGCUGAGGCUGUGAACUUCUGCACUGCGGACUGGCUUCCCAUAGGGCGGCAGUGUGUAAGUCAUUACCGUCGGCUGAGGCGCCACUGCGUCUUCUCUCAUGAGGAGCUGAUCUUCAAGAUGGCUGCUGACCCGGAGUGCUUGGAUGUGGGGCUUGCUGCCAUGGUCUGCAAAGAAAUGACGCUCAUGACCGAAGAGGAGGCACGCUUGAGGGACUCUGUUAUACAAAUGGGGGUUCUGAUAUCUGAGGAGGAAGUGUUUGAAUUGGUUCCGGAUGAUGAGCGCCAGUGUGCAGCCUGCCGGACCACAUGCUUUCUGUCUGCUCUUACCUGUUCUUGUAACCCUGAACGGCUUGUCUGCUUGUACCACCCAAGUGAUUUGUGUUCAUGCCCCAUGCAGAAAAAGUGUCUAAGAUAUCGCUAUCCAUUGGAGGACUUCCCUUCCCUGCUGUAUGGAGUGAAAGUCAGAGCACAGUCUUAUGACACUUGGGUCAGUAGGGUCACCGAGGCACUGUCUGCCAACCUCAACCACAAGAAAGAUGUGAUUGAGCUGAGAGUGAUGUUGGAGGAUGCCGAAGACAGGAAGUAUCCAGAGAACGAUCUGUUCCGUAAGCUAAGAGACGCUGUGAAAGAGGCGGAGACUUGUGCUUCAGUGGCGCAACUGCUCUUGAGCAAAAAACAAAAGCACAGUAAACUGAGCCCAGAUAGUGGGAGGACAAGGACCAAACUGACUGUGGAGGAACUGAAAGCAUUUGUCCAACAGCUGUUUAGCCUUCCGUGUGUCAUCAAUCAGGCUCGGCAAGUAAAGAACUUGCUGGAUGAUGUUGAAGAGUUUCAUGAACGUGCUCAGGAGGCCAUGAUGGACGAGAUCCCGGACUCAUCAAAACUGCAGAUGUUGAUCGACAUGGGCUCUGGCUUGUAUGUGGAACUUCCUGAACUGCCUCGCCUGAAGCAAGAGCUGCAGCAGGCUCGUUGGUUGGACGAAGUACGGGUGACCCUUUCCGAUCCUCAGAGAGUCACCUUAGACGUGAUGAAGAAGCUGAUUGACUCAGGGGUGGGGCUGGCACCUCACCAUGCAGUGGAGAAAGCCAUGGCUGAACUGCAAGAACUCCUUACUGUUUCUGAGAGGUGGGAGGAGAAGGCUAAGGUCUGCCUACAGGCAAGGCCUCGGCAAAGCAUAGCUGCUCUGGAGAACAUUGUUAACGAAGCAAAGAACAUCCCAGCUUAUUUGCCCAAUGUGUUAGCAUUGAGAGAAGCGCUGCAGCGAGCUCGAGACUGGACGUCCAAGGUGGAAGCCAUUCAGAAUGGUAGCAACUAUGCAUAUCUGGAGCAGCUUGAGAAUCUGUCUGCCAAAGGCCGUCUGAUACCCAUCCGUCUCGAUGCACUGCCUCAGGUGGAUUCGCAGGCAGCAGCGGCCCGUGCCUGGAGGGAGCGCACAGGAAGAACAUUCCUGAAGAAGAACUCUAACUAUACUCUCUUACAGGUUCUGAGCCCUCGAACGGAUAUUGGCGUUUAUGGGAGCAGUAAGAACAGGCGGAAGAGAGUGAAGGAGCUGUUGGAGAAGGAGAAAGAGAAGGAUCUCGAUUUGGAAUCCUUGAGUGAACUAGAAGAUGGGGUGGAAGAGACCAGAGACACUGCAACCGUGGUGGCCGUCUUCAAGGAUCGUGAGCAGAAAGAGAUUGAAGCCAUGCAUGCCCUCAGGGAAGCCAACCUGGCAAAGAUGACCAUGGUGGAUUGUAUUGAGGAGAUAAAGUUUUGUAUCUGCCGCAAAACAGCAAGCGGGUUUAUGCUCCAGUGUGAACUCUGCAAAGACUGGUUUCACAGCACCUGUGUACCGCUCCCCAAAACCAGCUCCCAAAAGAAGGGCUCUAGUUGGCCUGCCAAAGAAGUUAAGUUCCUGUGCCCGCUUUGCAUGCGUUCCCGAAGGCCACGGCUCGAGACCAUCUUAUCAUUGCUGGUGUCCUUGCAAAAGCUGCCUGUCCGACUGCCUGAAGGAGAGGCAUUGCAGUGCCUGACGGAAAGGGCUAUGAGUUGGCAGGACCGAGCGCGGCAAGCUUUGGCUACUGAUGAACUGUCCUCUGCAUUGGCCAAGCUUUCAGUGCUCAGCCAACGCAUGGUGGAACAAGCAGCACGAGAAAAAACGGAGAAAAUAAUCAGUGCAGAGCUUCAGAAGGCUGCAGCCAAUCCUGACUUACAGGGUCACUUGACUAGUUUCCAGCAAUCUGGCUUUAACCGGGCCAUGAGCAGCGUGUCAUCCUCUCCCCGGCAAACAAUGGACUAUGAUGAUGAGGAGACAGAUUCAGAUGAAGACAUCAGGGAAGCAUAUGGCUAUGACAUAAAGGACAAUGCCAGCAUAAAAUCCUCCAGCAGCCUGGAGCCCAACCUUUUUUGUGAUGAAGAAAUUCCCAUAAAAUCUGAGGAAGUUGUAACACACAUGUGGACAGCCCCCUCCUUCUGUGCUGAACAUGCAUACUCGUCAGCAUCCAAAAGCUGCUCUCAAGGUUCCAACACUCCAAGAAAGCAACCUCGUAAGAGCCCCCUGGUGCCGCGCAGUUUAGAGCCCCCAGUGCUUGAGCUGUCUUCUGGAGCCAAAUCACAGCUAGAAGAUCUGAUGAUGAUAGGAGAUCUUCUGGAAGUAUCUCUGGAUGAGACCCAGCACAUUUGGCGGAUCUUGCAAGCCACCCACCCACCCUCUGAGGACAGAUUUCUUCACAUCAUGGAGGAUGACAGUAUGGAUGAGAAGCCAUUAAAAAUGCGGGGAAGAGACUCUUCUGAGAGGAAGCGGAAGCGCAAGCUCGAGAAAGCGGAACAGUUCUUUGGCGAGAUGAAGCAGAAGUCUAAAGACUUGAAGAAGCUGGAGAAACCCAAGAAGAAGAAACUAAAGCUGACUAUGGACAAGACAAAAGAGCUGAACAAGCUGGCCAAGAAGCUAGCGAAAGAGGAGGAACGGAAAAAGAAGCGCGAGAAAGCGGCCGCGGCCAAGGUGGAGCUGGUGAAAGAGUGCACAGAAAAAAAGAGGGAGAAGAAAGUCCUGGAUAUCCCUUCCAAGUACGACUGGUCAGGAGCAGAAGAGUCAGACGAUGAGAAUGCGGUGUGCGCUGCCCAGAACUGCCAGAGACCCUGCAAGGACAAGGUAGACUGGGUGCAGUGUGACGGUGGCUGCGACGAGUGGUUUCACCAAGUCUGUGUUGGUGUCUCACCAGAAAUGGCAGAGAGUGAAGAUUAUAUCUGUAUAAACUGUGCAAAGAAACAGAUGCAGGGCCCGGGUAGUCCGACACAUGCGCCGCCGCCUCACUUCCUGCUGAGCUUCAAGCGACCCAUGGAAGACCUCAAGGAGACGAGUUAGCAGCUGCUCAGUCUCACUGGGACUGGAGGGAAAUGGAACACUAAGAAGAUGGUGUGAUGUGAACGUAGCCACUUGGAACGCUCCACUUCCAUAGACGUUCAGCCCUAUGGUGGAGCUAGCCCCACGCAGCUGGCUUCCUUUUGUAUGAAGUGGGAUGUUACGGGCACAGGGGCAUUGACCGAGCUAUGCAGAUGCCACCCCAUUGGAAGCCCCAGCCGGGUUUUUUUUCCUCCCGUGUUUCUUGGAAGGCUGAGCGUAGGCCCUGCCUGCCGGCUGAGCAGAUGUGAGGCAUAUGGAUGAUGCUUUCCUGACUCAGCAGCUCAGUGCAAAAGGCGGGCAUUGUUGAGAGCUCAGAACCCCACCACGCCGCCUAGUGGCGAUGAAGGCACUUCCCGGGCCUCCUAAUGAAAUCGAGGCAGCCACGGUCACUUUGCGUGGAUAAAAAAACCUUCUUUUAGCAUCAGGCAGGAGGGGUUGGGAGUGGGUGGAGAAUGACAUUAAUUCUUGGGGGGUGGGGUGGGGUUGUUAGAAGGCAAAGGAGCUUUAGGUCUUGGAAACAAGGAUUGGGGCUUUUUUGUGUGUGUGUACCCUAAUUCCAGUGGGGUCCCUUUUCUUCCUGAAGGGAAAGCUCCUUAACUCAAGACGUCGCUAUGGUACAUCCCUUUGGUGAAGCACUCCUUCCUGCUCUGGUGGCCAUUUUCCUCUGUCUUAGGCAUUUACCAACACCCUGUUCACUACAAUGCGUGAAGCGAGGUGCAGUUGGUAAAGGUUGGGGUGUCGUGAGCGAACGCAUCUAGAGACUGGGGCAGAGGGCAACAGCCCCCAUUCCUUACAAUUCCAUACUGGUGUGUUUCUGUGAAAGAACUCCAGCUCCCCAGUAUUCCCAACAUCGCCCGGCUGUGUAGCCUCACAGUUCCACAAGCAGACCACAGGUACAGUUUGCCAGCCCUGCUUCUUCACCUCUUAGGCUUCAGUGGAUGGAGGCCUGCAGUCGGCUACCAGUCCGGUUUGACCUCACACCCCCUUGCUUUGCUGGGAGACAGGCAGCUUGGGGCUGUGCGUCCCGGGUGACAACUGUUUUAGUAAACCCGUUUUUUUAAAAAAGGACUGGUUUUUACUUUUUUCUAUGUCUCGGACUACUGACUUGUCUACAAAAAAAAGAAAAAGAUUAUUUUUCUUUGGUUUUUAUACUUAACCAUGGUUACCAGCAGCACACAAAGAGAGAGAGAGAGAGAGAGGCUCACAAAACUAAAACCUGCCUACAGGCUUAGGUUUUUUUUUUAACUUCAUUGCUUCCUUGUAGUACAAGGAAAUUUAGCAGUUACUCCCCACAUCCUUGCUCCACCUGCUGCCUGUGUUUUAAAUAGGUAAAAGAAAACAUUUCAUGUGCUACCUUCAUGUCAGGGGUUGUUCUCUUAGCGGGGCUCCUUGGUCGUUGCUGUCUCCAGUUUAUGCUGGCUUUUCUGUAAGUGGGUGUCUGAAACAGGCCAUUGUGGUGUCUUCCCCUGCUCCCCAUUAUCUAUUGUGUUUCCAUAAUUCUGCAGUUCUAGGAGUGUUGUAACUAUAGUGUCCGGUCUUCUUAGAUGCAGGGGUUGGGAUUUUCUAAAAGAUAAAAAAAAAGUAGUGUUCUUCCUUGA